UAAUUUAGAAUUAAGCAAUAAUAACAUCUAUUUGAUUAUCAAAAAUAGAUGCAUUUAUUUUAUGAGAAAAGAAGUCGGGUUCAAUGAAUGGUAUAGGGAUUCCAUUAUUAACAUCGGGUUCGAGCUCCCUCUUAUAUCCGGUUGCUGAACAGGAAACAGGCAAAGAUCCAUCGAGAGAAUAAACAGUGAUAAAUUGGUAAAAAUACAACAAAUUGACUGCUUUUAUUUUGCAUGAGAAAUGCCAAAAAGAAAACGAAAUCCAACACUGAGGGUUGCUGCCACUGAAGGGAACCCAAGGUCGGAGACCCCCCCUCGGGAUGCUAGGCCUAGAGGACAGACAGCAGGUGGAGAUGUAUCCACCAAUGCACAGACUUCAGCCAGAAGUACUUCGAAAAGAAAGCGCACAGCUACUAAGGAAAAGCCCAGAGAUUUGCCCCCGGCUGAACCACAAAAUAUCCCAACAACUAGUCAGCAGGAUGGCCUUACUAGUACAACAGAAACAUCAGGUAGUCUUGGUGACAAUGGGGUGCUUGAUUAUGAAGCACCAUGCAUGAUUGAUUCGGUCAAUACUUUGUUGUCGUCCAAUGUUUCUCAGAAAAUCAAAGAAAAAAUUGUCAAUUCUAAGUAUGUUGAUAUAAGUUUACUAUUAGAUAAUACAUCCAUGACUGAAACAGCUGAGAAAAGAAUUUACUUCAAUGAAAAUGGAGAACUUGUUACUAAAGAAAGUUCAAAAGCUAAAAUCAAUAUUAACACAAUAGAAAAAUGGACUGACGCGUUUUUGAUUUAUAGUAGCAUUUAUGCUUCAGCCCAUCAAGAUGAAGUACAGGGUCUCUUUAAAUACAUGCACGAUAUAAGGUUAGGGGCUACAAGAGGGAUGGGGUGGAAGAAAUAUGAUGAACAAUUCAGAUUAAGACGAAGUGUUGAUCCAUCAAUUUCCUGGGCAGGGAUAGAUCAUGAACUAUGGCUUAUGUUUAUGCAUGCCCCAUCGCCACAGGCUGUCUCAACCCAAUCUUCACCUGGGCAAAUAACGCACAACAAAUGUUUCAACUUUAACUACAGGGGCUUCUGUAACAAACAGGGUUGUGGGUAUCUACACACGUGUAUUAAAUGCAACAAUGGUCACCCCAUCUCUUCUUGUCCCUUGAAACAAACAAGCUCAGGUCAAUAUCAAUCAUUCAAAGGGGAAGGGUUUCCCAGUUAUAACCAGAAUAGUGCCAAGUCCUUCGCCCCGGGAGUACCCAGAUUUCAACCUCCCUUUCGAGUCCCAGGGGUCAGUAGUACAAGGCCCCAACAGUAUAGACCUCAGAAAAAUAUGGGACCUAGGAAAAACACCUAUUAAAGUGGAACAACUCUCAAAACAUUUAAAUGAUUACCCAGACCAUGGUAAAGCCCAAUUUUUAAAGGAUGGAUUUUUAAAUGGUUCAUGUGUCCUAGAAAAACUUAAUAUCAGCACAGCAUUACCAUGAUGAGUUAAUGGAGAAAAUACAAAAGGAAAUAGAGUUAGGUAGGGUGGUAGGACCCUUUAGUGAACUUCCCAUAUCAAAUCUUCAUUUGUCACCAGUUGGUAUUAUUCCAAAAUCGGAUGGAGGUUGGAGAAUGAUUACGCAUUUGUCAUACCCCGAAUCAAAUAGCAUAAAUGAUUACAUUGAUCCAGAACUAUGUACAGUAAAUUAUUCUUCAUUUGACAAAGUGGUAGACAUGAUUUCUGUGUUAGGGAAAGGGGCUCUUUUGGGGAAAGUUGACGUUAAGAGUGCGUUUAGAUUAAUACCAAUAUAUCCAGGGGAUUUUGAUUUGCUAGGGUUCUCGGAAGAUGGGCUUUAUUAUAUAGACAAAUGUUUACCAAUGGGCUGUGCUAUAAGUUGUAAAAUAUGGGAGACAUUUGCCACAUUCCUUCAUUGGUUACCAGAAUUUCGAACUGGUUUAGAAACUUUAGAUCACUAUUUAGAUGACUUUAUUUUUGCUGGGAAAGGGGGAACCUCAGAAUGUAGUCGCCUUAUGGAAAAUUUCAAAAGUGUUACAACAGAUAUUGGUGUCCCAUUGGCUGAGGAUAAAACUGCAGGCCCUACUACAAAUAUCACGUAUUUAGGAUUAGAAAUUGACACUAUUGAAAUGGUAAUAAGAAUACCUCAGCCAAAAGUUGUCAUGUUGACAGAUAUGAUAAAGGACAUGUUAGGAAAAAAGAAGGUUACCCUGCGAGAUUUACAGUCGUUGGUAGGGAUGCUUAAUUUUUUUGGUAAAGCAAUUAGGUCAAGCAGGGCAUUUAAUAGAAGGUUUUAUGAUGCAAUGAGUGGUGCUUCCAAACCUCAUCACUAUAUUAGAAUAUCAAUAGGAAUGAGAAGCGACUUGGAAAUGUGGUUAAAAUUCUUGCAAAAAUUUAACGGGGUAUCAUAUUUUCCCGAGUCAGAGUGGACAAAUUCCAAUGUCUUAGAAUUUUUUACGGAUAGUGCAGGUGCUAAUAAGUUAGGUUGUGGUGCAUACUUUAAAGGUAGCUGGACAUUUUUGGCAUGGCCUGGGGAAUGGAAAGAUCAAGAUAUAAUGAGAGAUAUCACUUUUUUAGAAUUAGUCCCUGUGGUAUUAUCAAUAGAAAUUUGGGGAAGUUGCCUUCAAAACAAAAAAGUUUUAUUUCACAUUGAUAACAUUGGACUGGUCAGUGUUAUUAACAAGCAAACCUCCAAAUCAAAAAGAACAAUGGAAUUAGUCAGAUAUUUUGUUUUAAAAUUAAUGAAUUACAAUGUUAUUUUUAAAGCUAAGCAUAUACCAGGUGUAUUUAACAGUAUAGCAGAUGCAAUUUCUCGUAAACAGUGGAGGCAUUUCAGAGACCUGGCACCAAAUGCAAAAGAGACGCCACAAAACAUACCCGAGGAAUUUGUGAGAAUGAUCUACAGCUUGAAGUAGAAAAAUUACUGGAAGCAUCCUUGUCCACAAACACUAAAUUGUCUUACAGUACUGGAUUAGAUUCUUUUCAAAAGUUUCGUUGCUCUUUUAAUUAUAAACAAAUCUGGCCACCACCAUUAAAUCAUAUAGUACAAUUUGUGGCAUUCUUGUCCUGUUCAGGCAAAUCAUAUUCAACAGCUAGGUCAUAUGUUGCUGCUAUCAGCUUUCAGUGCAAGUUGAAGAAUAUUCAGGAUGAAACAAAAAAUUUCAUUGUAAUGAAGCUUUUAGAAGGUAUGAAAAGGAUAAAGAGCCCUCUUGACACAAGAUUACCCAUUACGCCCACAUUAUUAUCAAAAAUUGUGCAAGUGGUACCCGCAAUAUGCUAUAAUACAUACGAAUCAAACCUUUUUAGUGCUGCAUUUACAUUAGCCUUUUUUGGAUUUUUACGGGUGGGAGAAUUUGCUCUAUCAACAGGAAAUGAUGUACAUAGUAUUAUUCAGGUUUCUGAUAUCAAAAUUGAAUCCGAUCAGAGAACAUUAUUUUUGAAUAUCCACCGAUCAAAAUCAGACCAACAUGGGAAAGGUGUGACAAUACAAAUACAAAAAGUGGGCAGCAAUAUUUGUCCUGUGGGAUGCAUGACUAAAUACUUGUCUGGUAGACCCAAAAUCAUGGGGCCAUUGUUUUGUCAUUUUGGGGGGAAGCCUAUCACACGAUAUCAGUUUACUGCAAUUCUGGAAAAAGCCUUAAAAGUUAUAGGAGUUGGGGGGAAAUUUAAAGCUCAUUCCUUUAGAAUAGGGGCAGCCACUGCUGCACAUGAAUUGGGUUGUUCUUCUGAGAUAAUAAGGGAGGCAGGUAGAUGGAAAUCUCAAGUGUACAAGUCAUACAUCCGUUGCCCACUCGUUAAACUAUUCUAAAAGCUUUAUUUGGGUGCAAACCAUGAAAAGCAUUAACUUAAGUUGUACAUGUUGUAUAUUUUGAAUUGUUUGUUAUGCCAUAUUAAGAUAGUAAAUACAAAAGGUUAAUUCUCUCUAAAAUUUGAAUCAACACUUUUUUAAUCUUGCUAAGUAUUACAGAAAGAUAUCAAGUUUGGUGUGUAGGCUCCUCAAUUAUACGGAGGGCAUUUGUGGCUGCACGCAAUCGACCAGGGGGAUUAAAUCUAGGACUAGAGAGAAUAGGACAGAGAAUAUGGUGGCAAGGGUACUCUGGAUUAAAGAUUGUUGACUUGAAAAUGAAACUGUUUUGUCUGAAGCGAGUAGAAUUGCCACCACAGUUUAUUUUGAUUCAUUGUGGAGGAAAUGAUUUAGGUAGGAAAGAUAAAAAUGUGUGUAAACUUAUCCAUGAAACAAAAAAUGACUUGAAAGCAUUGGUACAUCACUUCCCCAAUUCUAAAUUCAUAUGGUCUCAGGUCCUUUCUAGGUUAGAGUGGAGGUACUCUCAGAAUCAUGAAGCAAUGGAAAGAACCCGAGUUCGCUUUAAUAGAGCAAUUGCUAAACAUGUCCUUAGUUUGGGGGGUUGCUAUAUAAAAUAUCCAGAACUCCUUCGCGAUAUAUCCCUCUUUUUGUUGAAAGACGGUGUUCACCUCACUGACAUGGGUAAUUCAGUAUUGCUUAACACAAUUCAGGGGGGGCUGGAAUACUUUAUUCUAAAAUUAGGAACAGUCUAUCCAGAAGGAAAUAACUAGGGGGCUUGAGUAUUGUCGUGGGUCAGUUGACUUGGUGCUCCCUUGUGGGGUGACUGCAAACGUUUACUCGUUUGCAGCCAUUUGGCGUUUGCGCACACUAAAGUCAACUGAUAUUUAUAUAAAGUUUUAUUAAUGUGAAAUGAGUUGAAUACUGAUUAACAUUUGAGUCAAUAUUUUGUGCUGAUGGGAACUGCAUUGCUUUGUGACUUAUAAAAACUGCAUUUGGUAUUGAAAUGAAAACUGCAUUUGGUAUUGAAAUGAAAACUGCAUUUGGUAUUGAAAUGAAAACUGCAAUUUGUAUUGAAAUGAAAACUGCAUUUUGUAUUGAAAUGAUUAUGUAAGUUGUAUAUACAGGAAUGAUUAAUUAAUUAACUGUCCGCGGAUUGCCCGGGAUGGUACUUUUUAUAUCAUUGCUGAACUGAUUGAUUGAUUUGUUGAUUGAUUUGUUGCUGAUGCUGAAGUGGGUCUGCCAAUGUUGUUUUGAUUUGCUCGGCGACCCACGAAUAUUAUUGCCACGACAGUACUCGCCACAUACAAAUAAAUAAUAGUUAAUUUUAGUGUUGUUGAAUUUUCUCUAUAUAAAUAAUAACAUCUAUUUGAUUAUCAAAAAUAGAUGCACUUAUUUUAUGAGAAAAGAAAUCGGGUUCAAUGAAUGGUAUAGGGAUUCCAUUAUUAACAUCGGGUUCGAGCUCCCUCUUAUAUCCGGUUGCUGUGCAGGAAACAGGCAAAAGUCCAUCGAGAGAAUAAACAGUGAUAAAUUGGUAAAAAUACAACAAAUUGACUGGUAAAAACUUAUUAUUGCCCACCCUCCCAUCCCAUUUUAAAAGAUGUAAACUCAUUCUAGGUGUAUGAAGAGUUUAGGAUAAGAUAUGUUGUGUUAUUCGAGAUCAGCUGAUGACGAUUAUGUACUGUUAUUUUAAAAUUUAUUUGUUUGGGCCAAAGAUACUGCUCUGUUGAUUUAAAUUGUAGGUCAUAUGGUCGUAGCCUGGAUUGAUAUACAUGGACUGGUGCAAUCAAGAUGAGUAUCGAGAGGCAAGGAGUCCUAAAGAGGAAAAGAUCAAUCCUGGAGCGUCGUGGCAUAGGCGCACGUUUGCGCACACUAAAGUCAACUGAUAUUUAUAUAAAGUUUCAUUAAUGUGAAAUGAGUUGAAUACUGAUUAACAUUUGAGUCAAUAUUUUGUGCUGAUGGGAACUGCAUUGCUUUGUGACUUAUAAAAACUGCAUUUGGUAUUGAAAUGAAAACUGCAUUUGGUAUUGAAAUGAAAACUGCAAUUGGUAUUGAAAUGAAAACUGCAUUUUGUAUUGAAAUGAAAACUGCAUUUUGUAUUGAAAUGAUUAUGUAAGUUGUAUAUACAGGAAUGAUUAAUUAAUUAACUGUCCGCGGAUUGCCCGGGAUGGUACAUUUUAUAUCAUUGCUGAACUGAUUGAUUGAUUUGUUGCUGAUGCUGAAGUGGGUCUGCCAAUGUUGUUUUGAUUUGCUCGGCGACCCACGAAUAUUAUUGCCACGACAGUACUCGCCACAUACAAAUAAAUAAUAGUUAAUUUUA